AUGUACAAUGCAGAGGCCACAGUUGAUCCAGUAGAGUAUCCAAACACAAUACCACGUUGUAACCAGUAUCCGAAAACAUCAAUGACUCUCAUAGACACGCGAGACGUCUCGCACACAUUGCCUGCUGCUCCGGUGGCGGUGCCCGGCUUCAUUCCCGGCGCCCGCAUAGCCUCGCUGCUCGACUGCCGCUCCGCCCGUUGUCCGCUCGCUUCCCAUUGGCCGGCGCGCAGACAAACUUCGGGGAAGCUGUUCGUGCCGUUGUCUCGGCGCGAACGAGCAAAAACUUACAUGCGUGGAGACAUGUGAAUGGUCGAAAAGCAGUUCGGUCAUAAAAGGAACAGCGUCAGUUCCUGAUGCCUGUACCUCCCAACCAUCUGCAAGCUGCCUCAAGAGAAAUUCC